UCCCCAUUCCCCAUUUCCGGCCGCCAUUUUGCAGGUGCGUUGUGGAAGAUUUUGACGUUUCCACAAAAUCCGCUUAUUUCUUCAUUAAAACAAUUUAAAUGUGAAUUAAGUGAAUAAAAAAAGUGAUUCAAAAUGGCACGUUACGGUCAGAGACCCGAAAACGCUCUAAAAAGAGCCAACGAAUUUAUCGAAGUUGGAAAACCAGCACGAGCGUUAGACACCUUACAAGAGGUUUUCCGAAACAAAAAAUGGGCCUACAACUGGUCCGAGUCCGUUCUCGAACCCAUCAUGUUCAAAUAUCUAGAUCUGUGCGUGGAACUCAAGAAGUCCCACAUCGCGAAAGAGGGGCUCUUCCAGUACAGGAACAUGUUCCAGUCUGUAAAUGUAGGCUCUUUAGAAAAUGUUAUCCGAGGAUAUUUACGUAUGGCUGAGGAAAAAACCGAAAACGCGAGGGAACAGUCGGCGCAAGCCGUGAUUGAUAUUGACGACCUUGACAAUUUGGCCACCCCAGAAAGCAUUCUAUUAAGUGCUGUUUCUGGUGAAGACGCCCAGGAUCGCUCCGAUCGCACCAUUUUAACACCAUGGGUUAAGUUCUUGUGGGAGUCAUAUUGUCAAUGUUUGGAGUUGCUUAGGACGAACGCGCAUGUCGAAAAUCUGUAUCACGAUAUUGCGAGGAUGGCGUUCCAGUUUUGUCUUAAGUAUAAUAGGAAAACUGAAUUCAGAAAACUAUGUGACAAGUUGAGGAAGCAUUUGGAGGAUAUUUGUAAACUGCCGGCGCAGGUGGCCAAUGUUUCUAUGUCAAAGCCUGAAACCCAGCAGCUAAAUUUGGAGACAAGGUUACAUCAGUUAGAUUUUGCUAUACAGAUGGAGUUGUGGCAGGAAGCAUACAAAGCCAUCGAGGAUAUCCACAACCUCAUGAAUAUGUCUAAGAAAAUGCCCGUUCCCAAAACCAUGGCCAACUACUACCAAAAACUCGCCAUGGUUUUCUGGAAAGCUGGGAACUACCUCUUCCACGCGGCCGCCCUUUUCAAACUUUUCCAAUUAUCGAAAGAAAUGAAAAAGAACAUCACGCAAGAAGAAUUACAGAGAAUGGCUUGCCGCGUCUUAAUAGCCACUCUUUCAAUUCCUCUACCAUCCGCUCACCCCGAAUUCGACCGCUUCAUCGAAACCGACAAAUCCCCCUUGGAAAAAGCGCAGCGGUUAGCCGUCCUUUUGGGUCUCUUCCAACCACCAACCAGAGCUAGUUUGUUAAAAGAUUUGGUUAGAGUGAACGUGGUGAGUUUGGCUUCGCCACAACUUCAAGAUCUUUACAAUUGGUUGGAAGUCGAUUUUCAUCCUUUGCUUCUCUGUGCGAGAGUUUAUACAGUGAUUCAGUCGUUACAAGCUGAAGAGAAUCUCUUGCAACAGUACAUACCGGCGUUACAAGACGUGACUUUGGUCCGUUUGGUGCGCCAGGUUGCACAAGUUUAUCAAACUAUAGAGUUUGCGAGGUUGAUUGAGUUGGCGAAAUUCACAGAUGCGUUUCAUUUAGAGAGACUUCUGGUGGAUUGUGUACGCCACAAUGAUAUGCAGAUUAGAAUAGACCACGGGAAACAUUGCGUUCACUUUGGUAUGGACUUGAGUGAAAGUCAGAGGGAAGAUAAACCAGAAGGUCCGACUUUGCAAGUCAUGCCUAGUGAACAAGUUAGAAAUCAGCUUGUCAAUAUGUCGACGGUUUUGAACCAAGGCAUUAACAUAAUUAACCCGAAUAAGAAGAAAUCGGAAAGGGAGAAGAUCAGAAGCAUCAUGGUGAAGAACUACCAUGACACUAAAGCACAAGAGCACGAAAAAAUUCUUCAACGUCAUAAGAUUAUUGAAGACAGGAAGGAAUACAUUGAACGUCUUAAUACAGUACGGGAGGAAGAAGAACAACGACGACUUGAGGAAUUAGCUAGACAGCAAGCUCUAGCUGAGCAGAAACGUCUCGAACAUGAACGCGAAGAGAGAGAGAAGAAGAGAGCCCAAAACGAAAUUCAGCAAAUUAAAGACCGACAUUUGAAAGAGAAACUACACCAGAUCAGUCAAACCGGUCAUGGACAGAAGAUCCUCAAGAAAUUAGACGAAGAUGACAUCAAGAAACUAGACGCUGACCAAAUCGCCGCCAAAGAAGCCGAAGAACUUCAAAAAGAACGUCGCGAGCUCCAAGCCAAACUCAAAUCCCAAGAGAAAAAAGUCGACUACUUUGAGCGCGCUAAACGCUUGGAGGAAAUUCCUCUGCUUCAAGCUAGCAUGAAGGAGCGUCAGCUCCAAGACCAAGCCUUCUGGGAGCAGCAAGAACGCGAACGCAUAGCAGCCGCUAUCGAAGAACGUAAAUUAUCCGUGGCCACGCGAGACCGCCUCACUCGAAUGAAACCCGACAAAGACGCUUUCUUAGAAAAACUCAAGAAAGAACGCAAUAUCGUCUACGAAGACAAACUCAAAGAAUUCGAGAAGAAUUUGAACGAAGAGAAACAGAAACGCUUGCUCGACCGCAAACUCAAGCGUAAAGAGGAACGUCGCACGCGCUACAUCAAGGAAAAGGAGGAAGAAGAAGAGAGGAAGAUGGCGGAACAGAAGAGGAAGGAAGAGGAAGAGAGAGUUCGCUUGGAGGAGAUGGCGCGCAAAGAGCGCGAAGAAAAAGAACGCCAAGAACGCGAAGACAGGGAGAAGAAGCAGCGCGAACAGCAGGAGAUGUUGGACAGAACAGGGGCCAAGCAGAGGCAGAGGCUGGAAGAAAUCGAGAAACGGUUGGCCGAGGAAAGCGAAAAGUCGACGAGGGACAAACCGAAAGAUCCGUCUUGGCGCAACAAGGUGGCAGAGCGAGAGGGACCGCCGAAGCAACGGGAUGGAGGGGAUUCGUGGAGGCGUUCGGAAAAGCCCGACGAGCCGAAGAAAGUCGAAGCUUGGAGGCCACGCAACAUGCGUGGAAACCCGGAAGAUUCCCCUAAACCCGCUGACGCUUGGAGGCGGAGCGAACCUGAUGAGCCCCGCGAGGAGCGCGAACCAGAACGUCGCGAAGAUCGGGAGCGUAGGGAAAUAGGGCGUGGCUUCGAGAGAGGCGAUCGCGAUCGCGAUAGGUUCAGUAGGGACGACCGCGACCGCAGAGAAGAUAGAGACAGGCGCGGCGGGGACAGGGACCGGGAUAGAGAGGAUAGGGAUCGUCGUGGGGGCGACAGAGACGACCGCAGAGGAGACAGAGACGACCGCAGAGGCGACAGAGACGAUCGGGAACGCAGGGGUGGAGACAGGGAUGAUCGCAGAGGCGGAGAUAGAGAAGAUAGAGACCGCAGGGGCGGAGAUAGAGAUGAUAGAGACCGCAGGGGCGGAGACAGAGACGAGCGUCGGGGAGGGGAUCGCGAUAUGGGUUCGUGGAGGAGCAGAAGGACCGAUGAUGAGCCGCCACGGCGUCCGCAACCCCCGAGAACUGGAGGCAGAGAGGGACAGUCGGAUUCGUGGAGGUCGUUCGGAAGGAGGGAGGAACCUCCGAGGAAGGCUGCAGAGGAGAGGAGACCUCCUCCACCUCAGAAGGAAAAACCACGUGAGCAAACCCAGUCGGAGGAAGACGAAGGAUGGGCCGAAGUUAAACGUCGUUGAAGCGUCUGUCACAAAUUUGGUCAUUAUUCGUACAUGUAUGAUGUAGAACAUCGUUGUAAUUAUCUGGUAUACUGUCUGUAUUUCAGGCUUUAUUAUUUCUUUUAGUACUAUUUUAAAGCAGUUGUGGGCGCUUUUACAUUAUUUUAUAAUUUGAAUCAAUAAAAUUUUAAAUGGAA